CAUUCGAGAGCUUCUUGAAUUCAACCAUUGAUCAUUUUGAUCAGUCCUCUGAAAUUUCCCAUUUCUCUUCAAUUUUCCCAUGUAAUGAUCAGUUCCAGGACCCGUUGGAGGGGCUUGAGUCCAUGCUGAUCGAUGGGAUCGACGAUAUAUACAAUUGUUUGGAUGAGAGUGAAGCAUUGUCGUCUCCAAGUCGAGAAUUUGACAGCCCCAGUGCAUCGAUGAGAUCGAGUGAAGGAUCGACGCUUACUCUGCCCGGUGAUGCCAUGCAGAUCGAUACUCAAUUGAGCGUGUUUCAUCUUCUCAAGGCGUAUGCAGAAGCUAUAGAGAAAAACCAGUCGGAGCUGGCCGAGGUGAUCCUAAGGUCCGUCUGCGAGAGAGCGAGUCCGGUCGGUGAAACUUGGGAAAGGGUUGCAUUCGGUUUAUGUCGAGACGUUCAACAAUAUGGAAGUGAUUACCUUAUUCAAGAGUCUAGCAAGAACUUUGAGGCGGCUCUCAGGGUGUUCUAUCAGAUGUUUCCAUAUUGGAGAUUUGCACAUUUUGCUUCCAAUUCGGCAAUCCUUGAAGCCAUGCCGAAUGAUGCAGACAUGCUUCACAUUGUCGAUUUCGACAUCAGUGAGGGAAUUCAGUGGCCUCCGGUCAUCGAGGCAAUGGCAUCGAAACACAAGUCGAUGAGACUGACAUCGAUAUGUUGCGGAGACGAAGACAUCGAUCGGUUUCCGUGCAGAUUUGAGGACAGAAUGAGGCAACUUUGCGACCAUGCCAGGUCUUUUGGUGUAAACUUGAAAGUGGAAGAAAUGGGAAUCCAUGAUUUGGUGAAUGAGCUGAAGAUUAAGAAACGAGGCGGCAAUCGAGAAUGGUUGGCCUUUAAUUGCACAGUAGGGAUCGGAAAACGCCGGAGCAGGACGAUCGUAAACGAGUUUCUAAACAUAGCUAAAGACUACGUUUCAAGACACAAGGGGAUUAUAACAUUUGGUGAUGGAUACGCUUAUGAAAAACCGAAAGACUGCUCGGAAUUCGCCACAUUCUUCGAUGACCAAUUGACGCACUACCAAGCUGUUUUAGAAUCAAUGGAAUCCGGCUUCGCAAAGCACCUGCUGCAAGCAAGAAUGGCAAUGGAGUGUCUGUUUGUAGGACCUAAUAUAUGUGGUCAAGCGUGGCUGCAACAGUGGAAGGAGAUGAACGAAACUCAGCAUUUCGAUGCAGGCAACGCAAUCAAGGGCUUCAGGGUAGGCUCGGAGAGGUUACUCGAAGCUCAAGAAAUAGUGAGAGACGGGGAUAAUUUAUACGAGGUGACCAUUGGAGGGGAUUCUGAUAACGAGUUAGCCUUAGAGUGGAGAGGCAUUACACUAGUCAGAGUCUCCUCUUGGAGAAAUUAAUGCUAAACUUCAUGUACACAGAACUAUAGGAUUUUUUGUGUUGAAAUUCUAUAAAAACCAGAAUGUCUGUACAUU